GCGGGAGAUAAAAUGAGACGAAUGAAAUUGAUGUAUCACUUUCAGCCGCCUCACCUGCCUUUAUCGAUUUUUGUGCUGCGCGCUGAUUGGUUGACGCCGUAUGCGAACUGCGAUUGGCCAAUUUUUCGCCAUUACAGCCACUCAUCGUGCAGCAAGAGAGGAUCAGAGUUCCCAAGACGUAACCUAAUCUCGUAAAAUUUGCUAAAAUUCGCAUCGAAAGCGAGCAAAAAGGCCAUUAAUUGACGCGAGAAACGCGCAACGUUAGUCUUUUACUUAAAUUAACUGUAAAUUUCGUGUUAACUUGUUGUUAAGGUCGCGCAACGAAACAAAAAGCAAAAGUGCUGCAUAAACGCCCUGUGCCAGCGGAGAAAAAACCAAUUCUGACACAAAGUCGCAGCAAAAGCCAUCGUCAGAGUGUGAAAAAUUCGCCAGAAACGCGGGAUUGAGACGAAAAGGGACCCGGAAGUGCGACACGAGCGAAGCUGGAACCGAAGGAAGGAAAUGGGAGCAUCAAAAAUUCAUUGAUUCACGUGUGUGUGUAUGUGUGUGCGAGUUGUGUGUAUGUGUGUGCAUGAGUGUGCAUCGCAGAGAUGCUGAACAAUACUUGCAAUUUUCUUUGUUCUAACAACGUUUUGCCCAUCGGAGGAGACGGAAAUGUCUCGUCGGAGUGAAAACUGAGCUCGAACAAACAAACAAAGCCACACACAAAGCAACGCGCGUCUCAAACAUCGAACAACAAAAAUCUCUUUCUUUUCACGGGAGACACGAGGAAAUUUCCUUGCGAAACAUGGUCUCGCGCUACAACAACGGCUACGGUGCCCUCCCGAACCAACAAAACUCCGGCAAUCAUCACAAUCCGCACGGCAUGAUGCCCGCCAUGCCGAUGGUGCGUGCCCACAGACCGCAUCCCGGGCAGCCACAAAGUCAGCAGCAACUCCACAAUUUAGCGGCGAGUCAUGCUGCCGCCGUCGCAGCUGUCGCCAACAUGCCAAAUAACCAAAAUAACAUAAUUAAGCCAAUGAAUCAUCAUGCGAAUGCCCUCGUUGCGAAUAUGCAGCAACAUCAUAACUUGCAAGUGGCUCAAGGCACGCCGCCGCCGCCUCCUAGUCAUUCGUCGCAGCAAGCGCCGCAGAAUCAGGCGCCCACACAAAAUCCGCAGCAACAGCAACAAAAUCAUUCGCAGCAUCCAAACAAGAUGGCACAACAGCAAGUUGUCCAUAACAAUGCCAAUCAUCACAACACUGUCCAAGUUCCUCAUUCCAAUUAUCGCGCCAUGCAUCAGCAACGAACAGAUAAUUAUCAUGCCUCGCAAGCAAACGUUGCAGCAGGCUUUACAAAUGCUGUCACAGGACACCAUACCCAACAGAUAGUGCGCGGAGGUGCAAUUCCGCAAACGCAACAGUCGCAAGUCGAUGGCUCCCAAAAAAAUCCACAACAGCAGGUCUACCAACAGCAACAACAGAGACAGUCUCAGCAACAGCAGUAUCAACGGGCACCCACAAAGAAUUUAAACACAGUAAACACAGUUAUGCGUCCUCCGGUGAACAGUCAGCCCGCAUUAAAUAGUCAGCUGAUAAAUACGCAGGGCGCCCAACAAAUUUACAUGCAUGCCGGUUUCCCGUACCAACAACAGCCCGGAUACCCGAUGGUGAAUCCGUACCAGAUGCAAUACGGUGCCGUGCAAACGACGCCCAUGUAUCGGCCAUUCGGAGCGGGCUACAAUGCUCCCGUGUACUAUCAGAAUAUGCAGUUUUCGUCAAAUCAGCGCGGAGCGACGGCACAAAUGGCAACGGCGGCGCCCGUGCAAACCAUGCCGCCCGGUACCGCGAUACCGCAACAAACGCUCAUGGCAAAUCAGAUGGCAGCGCCUGUGGCGCAGCAGCAACAAACGCAAGUGCCGCCCGCGCGAGUCAAAAAACCGCUUGCCAUCAAGAAUCCCGUGACGAAUGAGAUUGUCAAUGUGGAAGCUGUGUCAGAAACGGCAUCAACGACAUCCACAUUGGACAAUGACUGUAGUAGUGAGACUGGCAGAUCAUCGGACAAUCUUCCGCCAGAAUUUAUUCCGGGGCAACCGUUAUCCUCGUCGUCUGUCGCAAAGUCGUCAGACGCACAACACAUUUUACAGACAGAAACGCCCGUGGUUUCCGCCAAAAUGGAUGGACCCGACAUAACGCCCAAACAAAAUAUCGUCAAAAAUAAGAAAAAAAUUGAAACACAGAAGCACGUUGAUGCUGAGAACGAAGUCAAGUCUAGUCAAGUAACAGAUGAAGUAACAAGUGAACCAGCAGCUGAGAAUAAUCAGGAGACCAGUGCGGAGUAUGUAGAAGUUGUUUCCGACGCAGCAACAGUCCCAGCAACGACGACAGAAAUGAGUCCUCCAUUGCCGCAACCUGUGCCGGUAAUUGAAUCCGCAUUAUCCUACGACGCCAAGUCAUUCGAGCCGAAGAAGCAACGGGAACAAGUCCAAUCUGUUGAACGGAGUAAUGUAGAACAAGGACAAACGAUAGUUGAGCCUACCAGUGAUACAAACAAAAAUAUAAUCACAAACAGCAGUUUACCGCCUUCCAAAAAAGAUGAGACUGACAAAUCUAUAAGUACUUCUACUUCUACAACCACAAAAUCAUCAUCAUCGGAGAAAAUUGACGAGACGACGACGACGACGACAAGUGAAACAACAACCACAGAUAAUAAAAAUUCAUUAGAUAGCAAUAUUGUUAAUAAUAAUACGAUAAUAAAAGUAGAGGAAACUAGUUUUAAGAAGGAAAAAAGUACGACACCAGUAUCUGUUCCAGCAGCUGUCGAGGACAGCGAUGUAAAAAAUGUAGAUAUUAAGACAGAUGCCGAUCAAAUCAAUGCAAAUGACGAAGCUGUGACGCCCGUCGCGACGCUUCAUGCCUCGAAAACGGCGCCAUCGGCGUUGCAUUCGCAACCAGUGCACCGCAAAUCCGAAGAAUCAAUUAGGCUCGAGAAGCCCCUCAAGUCGGCGGCAUCUCGUUCGCUGGAAAAACCGCGCCCGGCACCCAUCGACUACAUCGAGGGUCAAUGGAGCCCCUGCAAUCCGGAUGGCCAGAAGAAAUACACGCUCGAGCAGUUGCGUGUGCUCGGCAAAACUGACGUCGCCAAAGAAAAGCCCAAUCUACCUGAGAGUUUGUUGCGUGCCCUCAUUCCGGGCGGCAAACCGGGACAUGCGGGAGGCGGCGGCAACCAGCAUCGCAACGAUAUGCGCGGCUUCCAAGGCAUCAUGCCCGGUUUCGCGAACAAAUCCGACAUGCCGACAUACAACAAACGGCCCUCGCAGCAGGGAAAUCGCCAGCAAGGCGGCAAAAGUGGCUCCCGGAAUCAGGAACCGCUCAAACGGAUAUCGCUGAAGAUGCACGACGUGCAGUUGCGCGAAGUGGAAAAUGCUUGGCGACCCAAGAUGCUCGCGGGCGAAGAUACGCGUUCGAAGGAGGAAAAAGAGACUGACGAGCUUUACAAGAAAUUCCGCAGUGUCAUGAACAAACUUACGCCCGAGAAUUUCGACAUUCUGCUGAACGAGAUGAUGAGCACGGAAAUCGACACGGAGGAGCGUCUCAAGGGCUGCAUCAAGUUGGUCUUCGAGAAAGCCAUUGCCGAGCCGAAUUACUCGACGAUUUACGCAAAAGUCUGCAAACGCUUGUCCGCGGUGCAAAUUAAUGCGCCGUCAUCGAGCGCCAAGAAAGUCACGUUCCGCGUCAUGCUGCUGAAUCAGUGCCAAGCCGAAUUCGAGAAGCACAAGGACGAGACAUCCGGGCAAACGAUCAAAAAUGAGGAAAUCGAAAAGGAAACCGACGAAGUCAAACGCAAGGAAUUGAAGGAGCAACAGGAGGAGGAAGCAUUCAAGAUACGAAGACGGGCUGUGGGCACGGUGCGUUUCAUCGGCGAAUUGUACAAAAUCGAAAUGCUCAACGACAAAAUUAUGCUGAACUGCGUGUCGCUCUUGCUCGAUAACGGCGACGAGGACUCGCUCGAAUGCCUUUGCAAGUUGCUCACGACAAUUGGACUGCGGAUGGAGGCGAAGGAGAAGGUGCUCGAAAAUACUUUCAAGAAAUUGAACGAAAUUGGUGAUAAAAAAUCAAAGGUUCAAGUUAGUAGUAGGAUAAGGUUUGCUGUUAAGGAUGUGAUAGAUCUUAGAAAAAAUAAUUGGAAACCACGACGAUCAGACACAAAUCCCAAGACAAUGGGACAAAUUCAAAAGGAACUCGAUACAGAACAUAGAAAUAUUGAAAUUUUGAAUUACCAAACUCCUCAAAAAGAUCGACGAGGCGGAAGCAUGGGUAAAUUUUCUAACAAAAAAGACAAUGACGGCUGGAUGACGCCAAACACGAAGAGCAGAGUUCAACAACAAUCGUUCGAUAUUGGAAAAGUCAAGACUAACAUGUCAACGGGUGAAAUCAAAUUAGGUCCUCCAACGAUGCGCCUCGGGCCAUCGGGCGGUUUUAACACAAUGUCGAAGAAUCCCUUCGAAUCCCUCUCCUCAGAAGACACGGGCAGCGGUCCCAUGUCGCUCAGCGGCAGUCUCUCCUUCCGCGAUAAUCAACAAUACAAUAGCAAUAAAUACGAUAAUUAUAGUAAUAGCAAUAACAAUAGGGGCGGCAACAACAUGCAUCGCCAAAAUUCCCGCGAAAAUUCGCGGCAUCGUGACGGCAUGAACGGCCCGUCACGUAGCUUCACGCCGGGCGGCUUGUCCCGUCAAUCGUCAACGAGUCGCGACAACAACGCGCAUUCCCACUCGCAAAUCAUGGGACGACGAUCGCAACAGGAGCCUGCACCCGCUGCCGACUUCAAUUUGAACGUCGAACCGCCCGCGGACGAGUGCAAGAAAAUUUCCAACAUCAUGUCGACGCUGAUCGGCGAAUAUCUCACGAAUAAAAAUCUCGCCGAGUUCGCGGAGGACUUUGCCGAGCAAAUUGCGCGGAAAAAUCGAUGGGUCGCUGUACGCGAAAUGCACUAUCUCGCGCUCGAGAAGAAGGAAACGUGGCGCGAAGCUGUCUCCAAAAUGUGCUUCCAUUGUCUCAGCAGCAAAAAAGUCUCGUUAUUGACGACGGAGGAAUACAAGCACGCCAUUAAGCAGUAUAUCGAGGCGAUUGUUGACUUUGAGCCGGAUGUUCCGCUCAUUUUCGACUAUACCGCCGUGUUGCUGGGCGAAACGCUAAAUGCCAACUUCAUAACGCUCGAAGAGCUCUUCAAAUACUCAGGUAGUGUGAUUGAGGCGUGUUUCGGCGGCAAGAUGCUCGUCGCGCUCCUCGGACAGCUUGUGAAACUCUACGGACCUGGCAGAGUGCGGGAGAUUUGGGCUGCCUCUCGUCUGAAGGUCGAACAAUUUUUAGGAGAUGACGCAUCAAAUGUCGCAGAUUUUAUUGCUAAACAUAAAUUAGAAUAUUUAGCAGACAACAGUAGUCAACCUCAAGUCUCAUCGAAACUAACAGAUGCAAAUAAGAUUAAGGAACGCUUACAAGAAUUACUUAAAACUUUAAAGGACCCAAAGGACGAUCAUAUAAUUCACGAAUGGAUUCAGGCAAAUGUCCAAAAUACGGAAAGUAAAGAAUUUAUGCGAGCUCUCACAGCUGCCACAGUCGGAUUUUGCAUAGAAGGUGGCAAAUUGAAUGAAGAUUUGUUUUCGACGCGAUGCGACCUGCUGCGUAAAUAUAUCGAUUGCAAGGGUGAACGGGAAUUAGAAGUACUUUAUGCUGUUCAAAAUGUUUGCAAGUCAUUAGAAUAUCCAGGAGGACUCCUCUUACAAAUUUGUUCAGCCUUAUCAGAGAAUUAUACCAUAUCUCGGGACGGAUUCUUCGCGUGGAGAGACGAUAACACCAGCAAUGCCAUGGAUGCUGCGGGAAAAGGUGUUUGCAUGCUCAGUUUAAAAGCCUUUUUCGUUGGCUUAUGUGACCCUAGUGACUCGGAUGAUUCAGAAGCUGCCUAAUUUACUAAAAAAAAACUAGAAACUUUAGAAAAGAAAUUUUAAAAACAAAUAUAUUUUGAAACCGCGUCUUUUUACAAAAAAAAAGGAAGAAAAAUAAAUUUCGUCAUCGAUCGUUCACUCUCUUUUGAUUUUGUAUAGUAGGGAAUGAAAAAAAAUUAAAUAAAGAAAUUUUUCCUAAGUGAAGUUACUUGAAGAAGGGAAGAAAAAAACUUGUUUAUAUUUGAAACAAUUAAAAAAAGUAUAUAACAACGCAAAAAAAUAGAUAGACGGUUAGAAAUAACAAUUAAUAAUUAGAUAGUGUGUAAAAAUAUAACAAAAAAAAAAGAAGGAAGAAAAUUAUUUCGUUUUAGGAAUCAAGCGAAAAUUCAUUCAUUAAAUCAAUCAAAAUCAAAUUUUGCUCUAUCCUUGUUAAAAGAAAAAAAAAACGAAAAAAUAUUUUAAUUUUUUUUUGUGGGACAGGGUUUAUCAUAAAAAAAUAUAAUUUAAAUAAUUAAAAAGAAAACAUAUAUGUUUAAAUGUAUAAUCGCGAUGAUGAAUGUGAAUAUUAUAAUUAUUAUUUUUUUUUUGAAUGAAUGACAAUUAAAAUUUCUUUUGUGUAUAAUAAAUUUAAAAUUAGUGAAAAAAAAUCAAGAAACAUGAAAAUAGUCAAUAAACUAAAUGCGUACUCGCAAAAUAUAUAAUUUCUCCCGUUAUAAAUAAAAAGAAGUGACCUUUAUGAGUUUUUGAAGAAAAAAUAAAAAAAAGUUUCUUUUGACGAAGGAACAAAUAGAUAUUUAAAUAUAUAAUUAAUUAAUUUGCUUGAUGAAGAAUAUUUAAUUUAAAAGCCAUGUAUUUGUUAUUUUAUUAUGAUAUAUUAAUUAUUAUAUAAAAGAAGAAAUAAAAACUUUUUUUUUUUGAUUUAUAUGAAAGAAAAAUUAAAAAUAACGUUAUAAAUCACU